CUAUAAAUUUAUUAUUUUCCGGGCGUCCUUUCUAUUAUUUUGGCGCGCCUUCAUUUGUAUUUACAGCCAUGUCGGAUGAUGAUUGCGAUAUAUUUAGCAUAUCGCGGAAGCGGGCGCAGGCACAGGUGCUUCCGCAAAAAAUACCCAGCCUUGUAGAUGUUCCGUGCGAACGAGCUGCCGAUUAUGAUUUUAUAACCAAAAAAGACACAAAAGUGAAAAAAGCCGCUAAAUAUUCAAAAAUCAAAGAAACCAAACAGACUGAAAUUAAGAAGAAUGUACGUAAAAAUGCCAAAAAAUGUGCAGAUUCAGAAGAACUGGAGGUGCCAACAGAACCUCCGCCGUCAUCGCUACCAUCAGUUAAAACUGGAGCUGUGCUGCCAGAAGCUCCACCUCUAUCACCCAUUUCUCAAAUGAUAUUUGAAAUGGAGCAAAAGAAAAUUGGUGAUAUGGAAAAUUUGCCGGUGGCUAGACGGACGCGUUCCUCGCAUGGCAAACGGCAACCCUUGCCUGAACCUGAUGAUAUUGUAGAAAAGGCGCCAUCGCCGCCAAAAAGGCGUGGGCGAAAAUCCAGGGCAGCCGCCGCAUCAUCAUCUGCUGCAGUCUUGGAGACCUUUUUAUUGGGAAACACGGCAACUAGAUCGCAGAAAACCCGCAGACAAGCUGUCGCUGAGAUUGCUGCUCAUGCGCCUGUAGUCGAUUCAGUUGAUCUUGUUUCGGCUGUUGUACCUCGCGUUGAAGGCUUCGUUAAUUUAAAUUCGGAUGAGGAGAAUGAGGAGCCGGUGGAUAAACACGUUUGCGCUGUGGAGGAAGAUUUUGAUUGGGAUAAUCCUCUCGUAGAUGUUAGUUUAUGCUGGCUUGGUGAAAUUCAAGUCUAUAAAUUGAGAAAAUAUCAGAAAUUUUCGCAUAUAUUCAAAGAAAUUGCUGAGCGUAAUAAUGUAGCUGAAAAAGAUAUUCUUAUAAAUUUAGACGCUCAUUUCAUUCAGCCGAAUGAAUCGCCAAACAGUAUUGACUUGCAGAUCUAUCACAUAAUAAAUGGCCGCGCUGUCAACAAUAACAAAACGGAGAUUAAAAGUAAAGAUCAUAAAGAAAUCUAUGAUCAUCAAAAAUUACUGCGUAAGCCUAAGAAUUUUCAAUUAAAAGUGCAAGCUGAUGAGUGGAAGAAACCGUUGAUCAUUCCACUGGACAAAUCGGAGACAUUCAAAAUACUCUACAUAAAAUGCGCUGAGGAACUAAAUUGCAAAGUUCAGGAAAUUCGGCUGCUGUUUGACGGCGAAUUCCUGGAUAUUAAUGAUACGCCAGAGAAUCAAGAUAUGGAAGGCAAUGAAAUGAUCGAUCUGCGUUUUGUCAAAUAAAGCAGGGUCUUACAAUAUUUAUUUAAUUAAUCUAAUCGGUAACAAAGUUAAUCUUAUGUUUUGUUCGUUAGAAUUUUUGUAAUUGUU